GCAACCUUGCAGGUAAUAAAUUCCCCUAUUAAUAGGAAGGAAUUUUCUAAAGGAGGUAAAUAUUUUGUUUUUUUUAAAAAAUAAUUAUCAUCUACCAUUAUUGGAGCAAAUAGGUUGGUAGUCUCAUUUAGCUUGAGAUAUUUAUAAAUUCCAAGCAGCAUGGCAUGGUGCUGAAGGCCAAAAAGUACUCUCCUUUAUAUAUAUGCCUCUGAGAAAGGAGAAGAAUUGAGGAAAUGGCAGGUGGAUCUUUUACAACAGGUACAGGUGGUGUGGCUAAGGCGAGGGCUGAGCAGUAUAAGGGAAGAGUCACAGUCCAUGUCAUCAUCGCAUGCGUUGUUGCUGCUACUGGCGGGUCUCUCUUCGGCUAUGAUAUUGGGAUUUCAGGAGGAGUUACUUCCAUGGAUGAUUUUCUUCAGGAUUUCUUCCCUUCAGUAUAUAAACAAAAAAUACAUGCACAUGAAAACAACUACUGCAAGUAUGAUAAUCAGGUCCUUGCAGCAUUCACCUCUUCUCUAUACAUUGCUGGUUUAGUUGCAUCCCUGAUGGCAUCUCCAGUUACAAGGAAGUAUGGUCGACGAACAAGUAUCAUAGGGGGUGGCAUCAGCUUUCUCAUUGGAUCGGCUCUGAAUGCCUCAGCUGCUAAUCUGGGAAUGCUUAUCAUAGGUCGGAUCAUGCUUGGUGUUGGCAUUGGAUUUGGAAAUCAGGCUAUUCCGCUUUAUUUGUCAGAGAUGGCACCAACCCACCUUCGAGGAGGCCUGAACAUGAUGUUUCAAGUAGCAACCACUUUUGGGAUUUUUACAGCAAAUAUGAUCAAUUAUGGAACACAAAAGAUUAAACCAUGGGGGUGGAGGCUGUCCCUUGGCCUUGCUGCAAUACCUGCACUUUUGAUGACUGUUGGAGGAAUAUUUCUUCCGGAGACUCCAAAUAGCUUAAUAGAACGAGGAUCAAAGGAUAAAGGAAGGAAGCUCCUUGAAAAAAUCAGAGGAACGAAUGAUGUUGAUGCAGAGUUCCAAGACAUGGUUGAUGCAAGCGAGUUGGCAAACUCAAUAAAGCACCCCUUGCGGAACAUCCUUGAAAAAAGAAACAGGCCAGAGUUGGUUAUGGCAAUCUUCAUGCCUACGUUCCAAAUACUGACCGGCAUAAACUCAAUUCUCUUUUAUGCUCCAGUACUAUUUCAAAGCAUGGGAUUUGGCAGAGAUGCGUCUCUCUACUCCUCAGCCUUGACUGGAGGAGUUCUUGCCUUUUCAACAUUCAUUUCUAUUGCAACAGUAGAUAGAUUGGGCAGGAGACCCCUACUCAUCAGUGGUGGAAUACAAAUGAUCACUUGCCAGCAGGUCAUUGUUGCCAUAAUUUUGGGGAUCAAGUUUGGAGAAAAUCAAGAAUUGUCGAAAAGCUAUUCAAUAUUGGUUGUAGUUGUAAUUUGCCUAUUUGUUCUAGCUUUCGGAUGGUCAUGGGGCCCACUUGGCUGGACUGUCCCAAGUGAGAUAUUUCCAUUAGAAAUCCGAUCAGCAGGGCAGAGUAUCACAGUUGCUGUAAACCUUCUGUUAACUUUCAUAAUUGCCCAGGCCUUCCUUUCCCUUCUCUGUUCAUUCAAGUUUGGGAUCUUCCUGUUUUUUGCUGGCUGGAUUACCAUCAUGACCGUGUUUGUUUUUGUGUUCCUACCUGAAACAAAGGGAAUUCCCAUUGAAGAGAUGACAUUCAUGUGGAGGAGACACUGGUUCUGGAAAAGGAUACUGCCGGAUGCAACAGAUGGUAUGGUAAAAAGUUCCAAGGAGUCAGGUGAUGCAGUUUAACUAUGACAGGCCCCAAGAAGUGAAUAACUUAAGUAAGAUGAACUGAAAAUUUCAUCGAGACCAAUAAAGUUUCCCCUCCGUAUGCAGUAAUUAAGUAAACUACACAGCUACAAAGCAAGUUAGUUGUUCAGAAGGACAACGUAAAAAAGUCUAAUGUAUUUGUGAAAAAUGAGAAUAGUGAAUUAGUAGUUAUUAUGCAAAAAAGAAUCUCAAUCUAAAGUUAUCUAUAUCGAUUGUUUUUCUAUUCAACCUAAAAAUAGCAAAAUACUGAACCAAGCCAUAAAAUGAAUAAAGCAGACACCCAAUUACUCAAGUACUCGGCAAUUAUACACAAAAAGUU